AUGUUCAGCUCGCCUAAAACGCCCAGUAAAAAAGGUACUGCCGGUUCAUUGGAUUUAGGAAGUCUUGGCAUAGAGGGACUUGAUGAUUUAGAUUUACCUGCAGAUGAUGAUUUAAGUGAAAUGGAUUUUGAUGAUCCGGAUUUAUUGAGAGAAUUAAGUGCUCUGAGUUCGGGUAUUCAACAAAGUAAAUCAAAGCAAAAACCUAAACCACAACCACCUAAAGCAAAAUUAAAUCAUAAUUCGAUUAGCGUUCCUGGUGAUAUUGAUAUCGAAGCACUUGGUGCUUUAGGUGCAGAUGAUGAUGAAGUAGAAUUUAAUGAGGAAGAUAUGAAGGAUCCAAACUUGUUAAGGGAAUUACAAGAAUUAGGAGGUGGUGGUCAUGAUGAGAAGGAUGAAAUAAAUCGUUCUACAAAUGAGAAAUUGACUUUGAAGAAAACUCAAAUUGAAACAAGUUCCGUAAAAGCAUCCGAUAAUCUUCAAACAAAAACUCAAAUUACAACAAGUUCUGUGAAAACAUCUGACAACCUUCAAACAGAGGUUGAUGUGACUCAUGACGUUUUAAUAAGUUUGCAAGGGGAACCUUCUCUUGAAGUGAUGUUACAAUCCAAUGAUGUAAACGUUUUAGCAAAGUAUAUUCAAGAAGAAAAAUUAAACGCGAUUAUGAAAAAGAGAGAAGGUGAUAAAGUCGGGGCUGUAGAAUCUAUGAAGGCCUACAAGCAACUGGAAGCGAAGCGAGCUCAGAUUUUGUCACAAAGCAAGCGAGAUUCAAAAAUUGAAGUUGGGAGUAGCCCGAGUUCGCAGAAAUUGGAUGAUUUAUCGAAAAAUUUUGCUGAACAAGCAUCAUUGUCAUCUCCCGUAUCCCAAAAUACACGUAAAAACUCAGAGAUUUCCCCACAAAAUCAGAAAAUUAUUGAUACUUUAAGUCAAAGAUUUAAACAAUAUAAAGAAGCAGCUGUUGCAUUUAAAAGCUCCAACAAUGUUCCGCGUGCUGAGGAAUGUAUAAAUACGGCAACAAUCAUUUAUAAAACAAUGAAAUCUUUGAAAAAUGGUGAUGAGUUACCUGAAGGAUGGGAAAUUCCUGGUGAGCCUGAUGUCUCUAAAUGUGAAAUCGUUUCUCAAAGCACAGUUUUUUCAUCCACCACAGAGAACAAAACGCAAGUGAAUAUAACGCCAGUGUCUACUCCUAAAAAAAAGGUAUUAACGGUAUUAGAUAAUGCGACAAAUUUGAAUAUUAUGAAUGAAGACGAACAACCAUUUGCUAUGAUCUCAAAAGAAGAUCAAUAUGCGCGUUUAAUAACUCAAUUAGAAUCACAAGUCGAUUUAUGUACUACAAUAUCAGCAUAUUAUUUAAAAACCGGAAACAAGACUCUAGCCGCGACUUUUUACCGUUAUAAAAAAUCUUUUGUGGCAGAUUUAACAUCAUUGAUUUCUUAUCGUACGCAUAGCAAAAAUGUACCAGCAUUUCAUUUUCAAGAUAUAACAUAUUGCGUUGAAAAUGCUUUCUUACAUUUGUCUGCUAAUGAUAUGGAAAUUGGUAUUGAGAGGGCCUACAAUUUAGGUAACAAAGACGUGAAUGGAAAGGAUGUUGAUGCAUAUGUAAGUUGGGACCUUGGGUGGCCUACCGAAGGUAGUCCUGGUGCUGGCAGCGGUAAAGGCGACACUUCGACUGCUACACGUGGAAUGGAUCCAGAAUUUAAUUGGAAAAAAAUUAUAAAUAUAGAACGUACAAAAGCGUUUCAACGUUAUUUGAACUCAAAGAAAGCCACAUUCGAAGUAUUUCACUACAGAGGAUUUUUACGAAAAGAUAUUUCAUUAGGGAAAGCUACUGUUAAGUUAGAUCAACUUUUAAGUAAAGCCGAGAUUCAUGAAGUUUUUAAUCUUGUAGAUCACGUACGGAAGCCGACAGGUGGCAAGUUAGAAAUUCGAUUGAGACUACGAACACCUUUAAUAAAUCCAGAUAUAAUCUCAAAGACUGAAAAAUGGCUUAUUAUUGACGAGUUUAAUGCAAAUAAUCCAGCUUUUGCUAGCUUUCCAUCUACCCCUCAAGCAUCAACAUCAUCUCCUGCAUUAACUCCUGCUAGAAAUACUAGUAGUCCAACGUUAGCACAAACGCCUAUUAAACCAAAAGUUGUCACUCCCCAAACGCCGCCUCCACCAAGUACACCUACUCCAAUUAAAAACGAAACACCUCAAAUAUCAACGCCUGUUGCAAAACAGAAGGUAGCACGUGACACACCCGCUACUGCGACCCCAAGCCGUGAUAUUGUUUCGGCUGAUGAUGCACAAAGUGAACUAGAACAAGCAGAACAACAAUUAAACAACGUUGACCUUCUUGUAUCUAGUCUUGUAAUACAAAAUGAGCUUGAUGUAGUUAAUAAUCAAAUUACGAUACUAGAAGCGCAGCGUAAACCAAUUCCAGAAGAUUUAACAGAUAGAAAGGCUUCUUUGGAUAUUAAACAAAAUUUAUUAGUUAUACAAGUAGAGACAGGACAAUUAACAUUAGAUAAAUAUAUAGAUCAGGUCAGAGCAAAUAUUGUUAGUUGUAAAAAGUUGGCUUUAAUAUUCAAGAAAGCAGGUAAGUUAGAGGAAGCAAAAAAAGCGCUUGUAAGAAGUAAAAUUAUGGAAGGUGAAGUUAAUGAAGUUGAAGAAGCCAUGGCUAGUGGGGCUAUGGGAUAA